GCCCCAGGGCUGCCCCAGGUGCUGGCAAUAACCACGGCAGCUUCAUUAGCCCUGGGCAAGGACUGCCUCCCCUCUCUUGGGACCUGAAGCUGCCAGGGAAAGGUUCUUCUCCUUCUUUUCAGAGAAAUGUGUCUCCUGGGUUUGAGCAAGUUCAUCCUCUGGACAAUGCCGAAGGACAAACCUUCACUCUGAACUUGCCUGCACACCUAAGAAGCCUCCAGUCAGAUCUGCUGCCAACAAGUCAGACUGUUUGGAGAGGUUGUCUGUGAUGAGUGAUUUCCAGAAGCACUGACGUGAUGGAGUCAUGGAACGAUCAAUGAAGGUUAACUGUCCAGAGGUUUUCAGAAAAGCUCUUAAUAUACUGCUUCAUGUUAGAAGCUGUCAGCACCAUUGGCAAGCACUAAAGAUGAACAUGAAGGAGUUGUACUUUUCUGGAUGUGAUUAAUUCUGGCACAGUACUUGUUCCCAUGGCUGAGCCCUGUGUGCACUGCUGUUCAUGUCAGGGUUUGGAGUCAGAUGGAAUCAAUGGAAACACCCAAAAUUAAUAACUGGUGAGAAACAGGCCCAGUCUGGGGCACUGCACAGAGGAUGGAAGUCAAAGACUGCUGUAAAGGGCUCACUGCAAAUCCUGUGUACAACAAAAGAGACUUUGCAUCAGCUCUAACAGACUUCAGCUUGAGAAAACAUUGCAUUUUCCAGUAAAAUGCUGUGUCUCCAUCCUCUUUUUUUCUCCUCACUCUUUAGACUCUCAAUUUAUUUUUUAUUAAGUUUGUGUUUUGUUUUUGUUUUUUAAUCUGAAUGCUCUUUGCUUCACUUUUCUCCCUAUUUUAUUCUUUCCUAAGUGGGAUUUGAUCCCAGUAGAGCUGGGGUUCAAGCUGAUAUUUUAGGAGCAGAAUAUGACAAAACAGCUCAUUAACUACAGAUUUCCAGUUUAAGGAAAAACCAUUCCCCUGUGAGGGUCAAAUGCUGACCGCGUCCAGGACGUCUUGCAGCCUCUGACUGUGGCUGAGCAUGAUUUCAAUAUCAUCAGCAAACCAUGUGAGCUCCUCCCAGAGCAGAAGUGAUUUGCUUUCCAGCCAUGGAAAUGCAAGUGACCAAGGAUGGCAAGGGAAGUCAUGCAUUCUGUUCCAUUUCCCAGGAGUCUGUCACUGUCCUGCACUGGCAGCUGUGUAAGGAGGGCAACCAGUUUUCCUCAUGUGGUGUCCAGGCUGAAAAUCAGGCAGAGGCAACUUGGAAUCAAUCCCACACUUGGGAUCUGAUUGAUGUCAGUGGGAACAAGUGGCAUAGAGGAAUAGAGGAGUUAGAUGGCUGCUUGCAUCCUAAACCAUGAGAGGGCCUCCUCUGUCCCUGGAUAUCAAGUGACCUGGAGCUAGUACUUUAAAUAUCUUUGUCUUCAAGAUACAAAAUGCUAUCUUGUUAUUUCUUCUGCCCAUGAAUCUCUCUGUAGAAACUACAGAAGCACCAUAAAGACAGGUUUUAUAGGAAAGUAGUAUAUUAGACUACAGUUUCCAAACAUCUCAUUCCAAAUGAAGACUGGGAGGAGAAUAUAGAAAACAGAGAAUCAGUUAAAAACUGAACAUGUUAUUUUUGCGUUUAAACAAACACAGAGUUUUAAGAAAUUAUUAAGGGAUUCCUACAAGAAGGGCCAGGCUGAGCCAGUGUUGAGCACUUCAGUCCCAGGGGCAAGUGACAUCUCCAGCACUGCAAACAUGUUCCAGGCUGUGGCCCUGCUCAGAAUGCAACUCCAGGCAAAGACAGCAGAAAUAGAAAGGAAAUUGGGGUCAAAAUGGAUCCAGAUCAGUUUCUGAGCACCUGCUGGAAGUGUUGCUGUCCUGGACUCCGAUCUCCUGGUGCAGCCCUGUUCAGCCUCACACUGGCCCUUCAGAGCUGGCAUGGACUCAGGCAAGCAACCUCCAGGGAAGUUCAUCAGUUGAACAACAAACCAGACAUUUUUGUGGGUCACAAGGUUACAAGUUGAGCCCUGAAUGCCAUUUGUUGACAGUGUAUAGAUCCCAUGUCUGCUUCUUGGCCAAAACAGCAAAGAGAUAAAAUCGGGCUACAUGACAUGAUUUGGACAGUGUCCCUUUUGCCUGAAGACAGGAGUGUAUUUUCCCAGGAGCCAGCUCUCAAAACCAGAAAUCAUGAUUGCUAGAGUCGCCUCCUAAUCUGAUGGUCAUAACUUGAUUGCUUCAUACUCUCUAUGCCCCAGCAGCAGAACUCCCCUGAGGUGUGAUUUGUCAGGUAACUUUUUUCAUGUGCUGCUGCAAUCCAUUUGCAAAUGGAUGCAAAAUGCUUUGUCAUGUGACACACUCUCUCCCAAGUGACCAAAUCAGUUUCUGCCCAAACUCUUAAUAAGCACAUAUGAAAUUAUAUAUUUUCUUACCAUAUCACAUCUGUGUUAUCAUGUGUAAACCACCCACCCUGGAAUGAGGUGCUUGCUUUCCAUCCACAGAGGAAAAUCUCAACACUACCACUUCAUAUGAACUGUGACAUAAAAUUUCAGUGGCACACACUGAGAUUCUGUGCAGACAUCUUCUGGUCCACACAGUCCUCUGUGUGCCCUCUGCAAUUCCAUGGCUGAAAUAAGUAAAACCAGCAGUAUCUUUCAACAAACUACUUCAGAGAGGAAUCCUUAAUAAUGUUGUGAUUUAGCUCAUUUUCUAGAUCAUAUACUGUGGUGUGUGAUUGGAUUACAGCUGAACAAGAUUGGCUUUCUGAUUUAACAGAAUCUGUACCUCUGGAACAACACGAGGGCAUUUAUUUCACAGAUUUUCAGUGCCAUAUGUAGUAAAGGCUUUUUCAUCAAAGCAAUGCAUUUCCUAGGAAAUUAAGAUUUCCAUGGGAAUAAUUCAAUUUUCCUGAGAUAUUUUUAUUUUCCUGGGGAUGGGCAGGUGGAAGAGCAAAGGGGGAGUCAGUGUUUGGUGCUCUCUUAAAGCACUAAGGAAAGACAGUGGGAGAAAAAUUUAGGAAAUAUUUGAACAUUUUUUUAUUUUAAGUUAAAUUCUAGGAGAAGAAUUGAGAGGCCUGUAGAGUUUCCCAGGAAAAGUGUGACAUUCAGGAAUAAAGGAAACUUUAGAACCACAAGGAGAGAGAGAAAAAAAAAGUAGAAUAUGGAAGAAAUAAACUUCUCAUGUUUCUAUAGUCUGUUUUUCAAACUUUUAGUAUAUUCCCCAAAAAAUAUUUGUGUUAGUGUCUGGUAUUCUUGUAGCACCAUUUCAGGAAAGGUGUGACUUCCAGAAGUGUGAGGAGCAGAAAAAGAAACCAUCUGUUACAUAGCAGAUGAAUUGCCCAACAGAAGUGGAGGGAGAAAUUGUCUGGAAUGAGUCACCAACUUGUUGUUUUCUGUGGGUGAAAUACCAAUCCCUCUAUUUCAUGUUAUAAACAGCAUUUUUUUCUUCUCGCAUUCUUCACCUGGUUUUGCUCCAACUUUAAUUGAUUUUAAAAUGUGUUUUGCCUGUGAGAAGUGGGCUUUUCCCUCUGGACAGAAGAUGACUUCGGCAGCCCUGAGAAUUCAAAGCCUAUCCAAGUGUUCACUUUGGUCAGGGAUAAGGCACUCCCAGUUGGACAAAUUCCCUGAACAAAUCUGCAGUGUGGCCUGUGAUUUCUGCUCUGGAAAUCAAAUAUCUCUUUCACGUGGCAUCAGAUUACAGGAGAGCUGAGCAUCUUGGAGACAGGUGUUGUGCAGUCAUUUUAGUAUAAAUUAUUUAAUAACAGCCUUGAGUCCCACUUAUAGCAACUGAUGACUUGCAGAGACAAGUAACUGCUUUGGAAACAGGAGCACAGGUUUUUAGGCUGAAUUAAAUAGGCACAAAAAAGGUAAGGUAAAGAGAGCAUUCUGCUUCAUUCAAAUGGGAUCUAUACAAACCACAAAAUGGUUUACAGGAACCUUCCAAGAAUAUUUCUGCACCUAAGCCUCUGCAAUAACUGCACUUUAGGUUGUUUCAUGCAAACUGAGAUGUAUCAAUCCCAGAGAGAAAGAGUUUCCAUUGGUGGUGUAAAAGCACUGAUCUGCAUUCAGAGCUCUGCUGCCCAUCUGGUAGAGAAAGGAAUGAAGACAGAUUGUCUAGAACAUUCAUCUGUCAGCCAGCUGAUAUUAAACAUCUCUAAUUGCUGCUCAGAGAGCCUAAAGAUGUUAGAUUGCAGCUGUGAAUCCUGCUGGAAUUAUUCAGAAAGAAUAACACAAUUAUUAGGGAUGAUGACAAAACUUAAACAGUUUCAGUGAAAUGCAAAUGAAAAAUAAAAAACAUCCUAUACUUAAGAGACCACAGUAUGGACUGACAAAGCUCAGGAGAUCUGUGAAGCUGAGGUGUUUCUAUCUCUCAGGUGAGGAACAGAUGUGUUGGCUUGCUGAGGUUUAUAAAACAAACCCCAUCUAGGAUCAAACAUUCUAGAGUAGAAUGCAUCAGAACCAGAAGGAAGUUACAAAAUUCUAUUUAUUUCUGGGAAACAAGAGGAGCAAAACCUCAAAACCUCUGCUUUCUUUUUUUUUUUUUUUUCUCUUGAAAUAGAUGUCCAUUUGAGAUUUUUGUGCAUGUAUACAGAUUUUUUCCAAGAUCCAUCUCUGACCAAGAGAGGAUCAGCUGUCUUGUGCAAGAGAGACCAGAAUGUGCAUUCUAGCACAUAGGUAUAAAAUUAUAUUAAGGUAAAAUAAGUACAUCAGAUACAGAGAGGGGAUGACAGUUUAGAAUUCUGAUUACUGGGUCAGACUAUCUGAAAGGUACCAGGCUUCCCUAAGAUUAAUCACAAGAGCAUCUUUCCUUUUACAAGAGCCACUGGUGGUCAUCUGCCAUUUUUUGCUUUUAUAAAACAACAAACAAUUUUAAAAUAUGACCUAGAAUUGCUGAAAGUUACUUCACAUUUUUAUAUCUUUUGUGUCUACAAAUCUGGAGUUAUCUGCUAGUUCUGGAUUGCAUUUUCUACAAAUUUGGCUUUAUUUUAUUAAAAAAAAAAGAAAAUUCUCAACCCUUAAAACUGAGCUCAGUAUUUGCAUAAUAAAUAUGUAAGCAAACCUGAAAAAGCUGAUUCGUGGCCUCAGGAUCCAGUCUCCACUUCAGCCAUAUCAUUUAACAAACACCACACUAUAUAAAGGGAAUUUGUGUGAACUGCUUUUUCAUUUCAUUCUGAAGCAGAAGGGUAAGUUGAAUUUCCUUUUAAUAAAUCACAAAGAAUUUCAGCUAGAAGGAAAACCAGUUCCUUUUGAUUUCUGUGGUCAUAUUUAUGUUCUAAAAUUAAAUUUCCCUUUAUUAGUAAUUUUUUCCUUUGCUUAUACUAGCAAUUUUCAUAGAUAAGGAGAUGCCUGAAGGACACUAGAUAAUAAUGACUGAUGAAGGUCAUUAAAACUGGAUUAAAACUGAAGGGCUGUAUUUUUUCAAUUUUGCCAUAUAACUGAUCAGGAGUCUGACUCUGCAUCAUAAUCCAAUUAUGAGCUGGAUGCAGGAGUCCAUGCAAAUGUAACUCCCUGAAUGAUCAUCACCAGGCCAAGGGUACAUGCUGUAAUUGCAUUUCCUUAUCUCAAGGAUGUGAGUAUUCCCAGCCACCUCAGGUAGGUUUCUGUUAGGGUCUUUAAUAAUCUGCUCUCCCUGAGUCCCUGGCCAGUGUUCCCAGAGGUGUCUGCUGGCCUUCAGUAAAGGGCAAACCACUCCAGAUCCUUCAAUUCAACAAACCAACCUUUAGUACUGCACAUGGGCUCUCAGGUGGAUUUGAUUUUACAUUCUUCAAAGUGCAAAUUGUUGACCAUACUGCUAUUAGUUAAACAGAGCCUAUAUGCUGCAAAUUUUUGACAUAAUUGAAUAUUCCUGUAAUUCAAGGGUAUGUCGCAUCAGAUUGAUGUUGAUGAGACAUUCCCCUAGAAAAACAAGUUGCUGUUGAUGCAGAUUAAAAAUCUCAGAAGUUUUCUAUAUCAGAGUCAAUAUGGAAGAUAAAACAAUUUUCUUUUAAAAGCUCACCUCACUUAGUAAAUUACACUAGACUGAUAUUUUGAUUCUGCUUGGCAUAUAUACUUUGAAAUGUAAUAGCAAACACCUUGUUAUAGCUUGAUGAACCUAAGCGUUCAUAAUUUUACAGCAUUCAAGCCAACCAAGCUUUUAUUUUCAGUUUUAACUGGAGCUAGAUUAGAACCUAGUUUUUGUAAAUUCUGAUUUUUAUUUUUUUUAAGAUGGACGUUUUUGAGAGAGCAGGUACAGGAUCCUCUUUGUGCCAAUGAAAAAGUGAAGUAAUGGAUAUUAAGUUAUUUGUUCUGUAUGAGUCAACCCAUGAGAAUCACCCCAUUGGAAAUAGAUACCCAUUCUGGCAUCUUGAACCUUUCUUUGUAUCUUCUGUUAGUUUAACAGAAUGAUGUCAAUAAUUGGAUAUUUCCAUGCCAUAGUAUCUUACAGUCCUUCAUGUUUCACAGCUGCAGAGCACAUCCACUCACUCUGCUGUAAACAAGCCACAAUGUACAGUUUUAAAAUGCUUUUUAGUCACGACAGCUCAGCACUAAGAUUAAAACCCUAGUUAUUGUUUUAUCUGUAGGAAUAAAAUAAGAUGAAUAAGCCUAUUGCCAACCAGCAAAAAUGCAUUUCCUACAAGAUUAACUGACAUUUUCAAGCUUGUGGAAUUUUGUUCAAAACAGGAUAGGAAUGUCAAUUGAGCUAUAAAGUUUUGCCCAUGUGUAAAACAGCAUCAGUUUAUGCCAAAUAAAUGUGCUUAGACAGUGUUGUGUUUAACAAGCUCCCAAACAUUAGCAGCACCUCUGUGACAAAUCUGCCUUUCAGGUUAACACCCUGUGCAUCACUGGGUGAUUACAGUCCUUGCAGACAGAUGAUGGCUUAAGUGUGAUCAGUUACCUCUGAGCCUAUCAUUUCUCAAGGAUUAAUCCAAUAAACAGACACUGAUAGUGAAAGGGAUAAUUUAUCUUCACUACUCCAAGUUUAUCUGUCUAGAAAGAGUUUUGUGUAUAAGCUACACAAUGGUUGCAAAAUAAAUCUGGGAAAUCUCUUACACCUGAACUACAAACUUUAUUUAAGCAAGGAAAUAAUCUAAAUUUCAAGAAGAGAUGAAGUGGGGAGGAGUGUGAAGCUGUAUAAACUAAUGUCUACAAUUUCUUACAGAAUCAUUACCUGACAAACUUGGAGGUUUUAUACAGCUGGCCUGAGAAAUCAUGUUGCCUUACUCAUCCCACAUCCUCAUAGCACUGGCUGCUUUGGUAGUGACUUGCCAGGCAUUGAGUAAAUGCCCAGGAAUUUCUGGGCUACCUGGUAUGCCUGGAAGGGAUGGUCUGAAAGGUCUGCCUGAUUCUCUGGCCAGCAAACGCCACGAUGCUUUAGCAAACUUGAAACACCGACUUUUCCAACUUGAGGCUGUGCUUGCUUUGAAUGGGAAAAUAAGAAAAGUAGGAGAGAAAAUACUUGCUAGCAAUGGGAAGAAAGCUGACUUUGCAUCUGCACUACAAUCCUGUGAAGAGGUUGGAGGAACUCUUGCAGCUCCCAAGAAUGAGGAGGAGAAUAAAGCUGUUAUGGACAUUGUGAAACAGCAUAACCAAUAUGCUUACUUGGGCAUUAGAAAGGGGGAGACCUCAGGUCAGGUGAAGUAUAUAAAUGGCAUGCCUCUGAGUUACAGCAACUGGCACCAGCAUGAGCCUAAUGGCAAAGAGAAAGAGAAAUGUGUGGAGAUGUACACUGAUGGCACCUGGAAUGACAAAAAAUGCAAUAUGUACCGUCUCACAAUCUGUGAAUUUUAAAGAAUGGCCUUCCAGCCACCUCAGAGUGUGCAGAUAAUGAAGUGUCUGUGUUUCAGGUUGAUUAAAUUCCUGCAAUUUCUCUGGAUCCUAAAAUAUAAGAUUAAUCAUAUUGUGAUAUUUUUUAGCCUUAGGAAAAUGCCAAAUGUGCUAGGUGAUUAACAUGAUUAAAAUGUACCUGAACUGA